UUCUCCAUCAAGCGAUCGUCAACUAUUACAGCUGGUAAUCAUGGUUUCCAAAGUGGCUCUCCUCCUCGCCGUCCUGGUCUGCAGCCAGUACCUGGCCCAGGGCGUCUACGUCAUUCCCAAGUCGGCCUGGGGUGGUCGCGGCGCCAAGUGGACCGUGGCCCUGGGCAACUACCUGAGCUACGCCAUCAUCCACCACACCGCCGGCUCCUACUGCGAGACCCGUGCCCAGUGCAACGCCGUGCUGCAGGGCGUCCAGAACUACCACAUGGACUCCCUGGGCUGGCCCGACAUCGGCUACAACUUCCUGAUCGGCGGAGACGGCAACGUCUACGAGGGACGUGGCUGGAACAACAUGGGCGCCCACGCCGCCGAGUGGAACCCCUACAGCAUUGGCAUCAGCUUCCUGGGCAACUACAACUGGGACACCCUGGAGCCGAACAUGAUCUCCGCCGCCCAGCAGCUGCUCAACGAUGCGGUCAACCGUGGCCAGCUCAGCUCCGGCUACAUCCUGUACGGCCAUCGCCAGGUCAGCGCCACCGAGUGCCCCGGCACCCACAUCUGGAACGAGAUCCGCGGCUGGUCCCACUGGCCACACAAUCGAUCCACAACCAUGGCAAACAAAGCUCUCGUCCUUCUGGCAGUCCUCUUCUGCGCCCAGGCCGUCCUCGGCGUGACCAUCGUCUCCAAGUCGGAGUGGGGCGGCCGUUCGGCCACCAGCAAGACCACGCUGGCCAGCUCCCUGAGCUACGCCGUGAUCCACCACACCGCCGGCAACUACUGCUCCACCAAGGCCGCCUGCAUCACCCAGCUGAAGAACAUCCAGGCCUACCACAUGGACUCCCUGGGCUGGGCCGAUAUCGGCUACAACUUCCUGAUCGGCGGAGACGGCAAUGUCUACGAGGGACGUGGCUGGAACGUGAUGGGUGCCCACGCCACCAACUGGAACUCCAAGUCCAUCGGCAUCUCCUUCCUGGGCAACUAUAACACCAACACCCUCACCUCUGCCCAGAUCUCCGCCGCCAAGGGCCUGCUCUCCGACGCCGUCUCCCGCGGCCAAAUCGUUUCCGGAUACACCCUCUACGGACAUCGCCAGGUGGGCUCCACCGAGUGCCCCGGCACCAACAUCUGGAACGAGAUCCGCACCUGGUCCAACUGGAAGGCCUAAGCGCAGAAGUGCUCUUUGAAAAAUGUAAAAAAAAAACAAUUCAAUUAAUGUCUUAAAAUUACAAUCGC